AUGGUUCCAGAUGUGAGCAAACAGGAGCCAGAGGAGGAUGAGGAAACAGAGAAUGAAGAGAGGUUAUGUCACAUGACAAUCUCAAAGUCAGCGCAGGAGAAGAUGCGUCAGAAACAGAGAGAAGAGAUGGAACAACGACAGCAACAAAAAGAAAAAGAGCUGGCACAGCAGCUGAAGGACCGACUGCAGGAGGUCGAGCCUCGCAGUGCCUCUCUCUCUGUUCCAGAGUUGAUGAACAGCAAGGAAUUCAGCAAGGUCAGCCUCAGCUCUGGCCUCAAUAAUGGCAACUCACUGCGCAAACGAAUCAAUCGUCCCUCACUGCCAAAUAUCCCAAGUAUUACUCAGACCUACAUGUCUCGACAUUUCUCAGCCCACUCGCUACCUGGCUUGCCCCUGGAUUCCCUGGAAGGAGAUGAGGAAAUGGAUGAGGAGGAAUUCAUGGAGAUGAAGUCAUUUUCCCGUCAGGAGCAAGGAUUGACUGAGGCACUGAAACUCCUGGCUAACAACGACUGGGAGAUGAAGAGGAAAGGGUUGUCUGGUGUCCGACGCUUGGCUCGAUUCCACCAGGAACUUCUCCUAACGAGGCUUCACGCUGUCUGCUUGGCAGUGACGAAGGAGGUUAAUAACCUACGUUCCAAGGUUGCCCGCUCUGCAAUGUUGUCUCUCAGUGAACUGUUCUCUCAGCUGAAGAGGAACAUGGACCAGGAAGUGGACGAGGUGACUAGAAUCCUGCUUCACAAGACGGGCGAUUCCAACGAGUUCAUCCGAGAGGAGGCAGUCAAGGCGCUGGCCGUUAUGGCGGAGAAUGUGAGCCCAUCGCGGGCGCUGACUGCCCUCAUCGCAGGCGGUUUAAACCACCGUAACACCACUGUUCGGAAAUGCACCGCUGAGAACCUGCUGUGUGUUGUCGAACACCUUGGAGCUGAGAGAUUGCUGUCCGGGACCAAGGACAAUACAGACCAGAUUGUGCAAACAAUGGUGAAAUUUUCACAGGAUGGGAAUCAGGAAACAAGAUUUUAUGGUCGGAAGGCGCUGAACAUUUUGGUAUCCCACCCGGAGUUUGAGAGAUACAUGGAACGCUCACUUCUGUCUCAGGAUCUGCACCAUGUCAUCACAGCCAUUAAAAAGAGGGGGCUUGGAGAUGCUUCUUCAGAUCCUUACUUGCUGAAGGUUAGAAGCUCAAGGGUCAACAGCUCCUCAAACUGUCAGGAAAAUAAAUCCAACACUGGAAGGGGGGAAUUGGACACACCCCGAGAGCAGAGGCUGAUGACCCACCGACCGAUCAUACGCAGCAUGGAAGCAGCGGAGCAGGUGAAGCAGCUGAACAAGUUGUUGUCUGCUAAAGAGUUCCAGGAGAGGAUGCAGGGCAUUUCACUGCUGCUGCAGCAUUGUGAGACCAAUCCAGGAUUCGUCACCUCCAACGUUGUAAAUAUAUUUGAUGCCUUCAGCCCAAGGCUCCAAGACUCCAAUAAAAAGGUGAACCAGUUUGCACUGCAGUCAAUGGCAACCAUGAUCCCAGUGCUGAAGGAUGACUUGCACCGGGUCCUAUACUCGACAGUCACUUUUGUUACCGACAACUUGAAUUCAAAGAACACGGGCAUUUACAAUGCAGCUGUGCAUGUCCUCGAUACGCUGAUUGAUCAUAUAGACAACUUGCUGCUGCUUCAACCUUUCGCCAGCAGAGUGCAGUUCGCCAGCGGCCGGGCAAUGCAAGACAUCACGGAGCGACUGGCAGUCCUCGUGCUGUCGGUGUAUCGUCGGAGGCCUCAAGCUGUGGAACGGUACGUUUUGCCCGUGCUCUGGUACCUGCUCGGCAACAUGACUGGGAGCGGCGUGAUCAAGGGUGGAAGCGGGAACGUGCGGGCUGUGACCACCAAGCUGGCUGCCAGCCUGCACCAGCAGAUGGGAGCUGGCCUGCAGGAGUAUGCAGCGAGUCAGCCUGCUCACGUUAUCAAGAUGCUCUGGGAGCUGAUAGAGAAGGAGCUUUAA